AUGGCAAGAGACUUUUAUAAGGUGGAAGUAGGCGAUGGAAGAACCACUUCUUUCUGGUAUGAUUCAUGGUCUGAGAUGGGGAUUUUAUCAAAGCUGUUAGGAGACAGAGGAGUAAUUGAUAUGGGAAUCAGGAAAGCUGCAACAGUGGAAGAAGCCAUAUUCACCGUUAGGAGAAGAAGAAGCCAUAGAACACAGCUACUAAAUCAAGUUGAAGAAGAGUUGAGUCUACUGAGAAGAAAGCAAUAUCUGGGGAAAAGAGAUGUUAGUUUGUGGAGAAGUAAGGCUGGCUAUAAGCUCCAGUUCUCUUCGAAAGAGACAUGGUAUCUUAUGAGAGAAGGAAGCGAAGAAUGUAGUUGGUUCAGAGGGGUGUGGUUCUCGAAAGCUACUCCUAAGCUUGCUUUCAUCACUUGGCUAGCAAUGCUGGAUCGCCUAUCAACCAUGGACAGAGUGUCGCAAUGGAUAAAUGGAGUAGAUCAAAAGUGUGUUCUCUGCAACUCCUCCCUGGAAACACGAGACCACAUCUUCUUUGACUGCUCGUACUCGUCUGAAGUGUGGAGUACCUCACCCAAGGGAUACUUAAACGAUCUUACUCACCUCAGUGGCUUGAAGUAA